AUCCCCCAUUGAGGAUGGCGUCAGCGGCGUGGUCCUAGGGCCAGUGAGGGGCGAUUCUGGUUUUGGACUUGAGCACUGCCUGGGACCUGGGCUGAGAGCGAGCAGCAUGUCUCAGUGGAAUCAAGUCCAACAGUUAGAAAUCAAGUUUUUGGAGCAAGUGGACCAAUUCUACGAUGACAACUUUCCCAUGGAAAUUCGACAUCUGCUGGCCCAGUGGAUUGAAAAUCAAGACUGGGAGGCGGCUUCUAACAAUGAAACCAUGGCAACAAUUCUUCUUCAAAACUUGUUAAUACAACUGGAUGAACAUUUGGGUCGUGUUUCCAAAGAGAAAAAUCUACUUUUGAUACACAAUUUAAAAAGAAUUAGGAAAGUCCUUCAGGGAAAAUUUCAUGGAAAUCCAAUGCAUGUAGCUGUGGUUAUUUCAAAUUGUUUAAGGGAAGAGAGGAGAAUAUUGGCUGCAGCCAACACGCCAGUCCAGGGACCUCUGGAGAAAUCCUUACAAAGUUCUUCAGUUUCAGAAAGACAGAGGAAUGUAGAGCACAAGGUGGCUGCCAUUAAAAACAGUGUGCAGAUGACAGAACAAGACACCAAAUACUUAGAAGACCUGCAAGAUGAAUUUGACUACAGGUACAAAACAAUUCAGACCAUGGAUCAGAGUGACAAGAAUAGUGUCUUGAUGAAUCAGGAAGUUUUGACACUGCAAGAAAUGCUUAACAGCCUCGACUUUAAGAGAAAGGAAGCGCUCAGCAAGAUGACACAGAUAGUCAACGAGACAGACCUGUUAAUGAACAACAUGCUCGUGGAAGAGCUGCAGGACUGGAAGCGGAGGCAGCAAAUCGCCUGCAUCGGAGGUCCCCUCCACAACGGGCUCGACCAGCUUCAGAACUGCUUUACACUAUUGGCAGAAAGUCUUUUCCAACUCAGAAGGCAAUUGGAGAAAUUAGAAGAGCAAUCUACGAAAAUGACAUAUGAAGGUGAUCCCAUCCCAAUGCAAAGAACUCACCUGCUAGAAAGAGUCACCUUCUUGAUCUACAACCUUUUCAAGAACUCCUUUGUGGUUGAGCGCCAGCCCUGCAUGCCAACCCACCCCCAGAGGCCCCUGGUACUUAAAACCCUCAUUCAGUUCACUGUGAAACUAAGACUGCUUAUAAAAUUACCAGAACUAAACUACCAGGUAAAGGUGAAAGCGUCAAUUGACAAGAACGUUUCAACUCUAAGCAAUCGAAGAUUUGUACUUUGUGGAACCAAUAUGAAAGACAUGUCUAUUGAAGAAUCUUCCAAUGGGAGCCUCUCAGUAGAAUUUCGACAUUUGCAACCAAAGGAAAUGAAGUCCAGUGCUGGAAGUAAAGGAAAUGAGGGCUGUCACAUGGUGACAGAGGAGCUUCAUUCCAUCACCUUUGAAACACAAAUCUGCCUCUAUGGCCUGACCAUAGAGUUGGAGACCAACUCAUUGCCUGUGGUGAUGAUUUCCAAUGUCAGUCAGUUACCUAACGCUUGGGCGUCCAUCAUUUGGUACAAUGUGUCAACAAAUGAUUCCCAGAACUUGGUUUUCUUUAAUAAUCCUCCAUCUGCUACUUUGAGUCAACUUCUGGAAGUGAUGAGCUGGCAGUUUUCAUCGUACGUUGGUCGUGGCCUUAAUUCAGACCAACUCAACAUGCUGGCAGAGAAGCUUACAGUCCAGUCUAGCUACAGUGAUGGUCAUCUCACCUGGGCCAAGUUCUGCAAGGAACACUUACCCGGUAAAUCAUUUACAUUUUGGACAUGGCUUGAAGCAAUAUUGGAUCUAAUUAAGAAACACAUUCUUCCCCUUUGGAUUGAUGGGUAUGUCAUGGGCUUUGUUAGCAAAGAGAAGGAAAGGCUCUUGCUAAAGGAUAAAAUGCCUGGAACCUUCUUAUUAAGAUUCAGUGAAAGCCAUCUCGGAGGAAUAACUUUCACCUGGGUGGAUCAUUCUGAAAAUGGAGAAGUGAGAUUCCACUCAGUGGAGCCCUACAAUAAAGGCCGGUUGUCUGCUCUGCCGUUUGCUGACAUCCUCAGAGACUACAAGGUUAUUAUGUCUGAAAACAUUCCGGAAAACCCUCUGAAGUACCUAUAUCCUGACAUUCCCAAAGACAAAGCCUUCGGUAAACACUACAGCUCCCAGCCAUGCGAAGUUUCAAGACCAACAGAAAGGGGAGACAAAGGUUAUGUUCCUUCAGUUUUUAUCCCCAUCUCAACCAUCCGAAGUGAUUCAUGUGAGCCACAUUCUCCAUCAGACCUUCUUCCUAUGUCUCCAAGUGUAUAUGCAGUGCUGAGAGAAAACCUGAGUCCCACAACAAUUGAAACUGCAGUAUGUUCCCUUUCUUUUCCAUUGUGGGUCACGGGCAUGUCCAACGAAGCAAAGGCGGUGUGAGAAUCAAUGGGGCUGGAGUACUGCCUGGGUAGGGAUAAAGCAUGUUUACUGAAGCAAUUCAUGAACAUAACACGGGGGUGGGGUUGGGGGGCGUCUGUAUGGUCCUGUGUGCUGCUCCUGCUAUGGACAAGACACCUGUGUUUACUUGAACUGCUUUUAGUUCCUUCCAUCAAAAACCAGCAGAAGGCAAAGUCUUCCCAUACCCAUCAGCAACUCUGUCCCUGCUUCUACCCCGGCCCUUCAGUCCCCACCACUCUCUCCAGCAAACAACAUUUAGCAGUCAGUAUUUACAAACUUAGUUUAAUAUCUAUUUAACAGAUCAAGCACCACAGUUUCUAACUUUUCUUGUUACCUGUACUACUAGAAUCUGGAGUCUCUUCGAGUACUAUAUAAAUAACAAUCAAUAGCAGCACGAUAGUUUUUUUUUCUUUCUUUUUUUUUUUUUUUUUUUGAGAAAAGUUCUCCCUCUGUCUCCCCAGCUAUAGAGUGCAGUGGCAUCUUUAUAGCUUGGAGCAACUUCAAACUCCUGGGCUCAAGCGAUCCUCCCACCCCAGCUUCCCUAGUAGCUGGGACUACAGGUGUGAGCCACCACAUCCAGUUAAUUUUUGUAUUUUUGUUCAGGCUGGUCUUUAACUCCUGGCUGCAAGCAAUCUUCCUGCCUUGGCCUCCCAAAGUGUUGGGAUUAUAGGCCCAUGAGCCACUAUUCCUGGCCAAAAUCUUUAAUGUAAUGUUAUUUAGAUUCUUGUCCCCCAAUACCAUCAAGAGCUUCAAACCUCCAAUUUAUAUGAAACUGAGCAUACACCAGAAUAACAGAAACCUAGAAGGUUCCUAAGCCCCAAAAGAUUUCUAUGUGGCUAUAAAUCAAAUGGAUUUUAGUCCUUCUCUUAAAGAUUUCCAGGGAUAGAAAAUUCAUACUUUCCUUUGAUGAUUUAUUCCAAUGUUAAUUGCCCUGAAAUCCUUAAGUUAUUUAUAUCUAGCUGAACUUUUGCUACGUUUUGCACCAUUUCCUCAUUGUUUUUGUUAGGAUGAAUAGGCCUUUUC